UUCACGUUGCGGGCGCGUGCUCGUUUGCGCGCUCACAACUUCCAUUGUGUUUUUAUCAACAAGAAGACCACCGUGGCCUCACGGGGGAACCGAGUUGGCUAUCUGAACGACAAGGGACUACGGGCAACCAUGGCGGACGAACAAGAAAUAAUGUGCAAGUUGGAAAACAUCUUGGAAAUACGGAACAAGACCGUCCAGAUGCAGAAGAUCAAGUCCCGUCUUAAGGUUGAGUUUGAUGCUCUGGAGUCUGAGGAGAAGCACCUGAAAGAGUACAAACAAGAGAUGGAUCUGCUUCUUCAAGAGAAAAUGGCCCACGUGGAGGAGCUGCGGCUCAUUCACGCGGAUAUAAAUGUGAUGGAGAGCACCAUCAAGCAGUCAGAGAAUGACCUGAAUAAGCUCCUGGAAACCACUCGGCGCCUCCAUGAUGAGUACAAACCUCUGAAGGAGCAUGUUGAUGCCCUCAGGAUGACUUUAGGCCUACACAGACUCCCCAACCUGAACGAAGAAGAAGAGAAGCUCUCCCUAGACUACUUUGAGAAGCAGAAAGCGGAGUGGCAGAAGGAGCCGCAUGAGCCCGCCAUCCCAGAAUCCCUCGCUGCCGCUGCAGCGGCAGCUCAGCAGCUUCAGGUUUCCAGGAAGCAAGAUGCGCGCCAGACGGCCACCUUCAGACAGCAACCCCCCCCUAUGAAGGCCUGCCUGUCUUGCCACCAGCAGAUUCAUCGUAAUGCUCCCAUCUGCCCGCUGUGCAAGGCCAAGAGCCGCUCCCGCAACCCCAAGAAGCCCAAGAGGAAGCCUGAUGAGUAGAUCCUACUUUACCGUCAGCUCCAGGAGGGCGUUUAAAAGGGACCUGGUCCAACACACUGAUCUAAGAUCAGCCAUGUACAUCGCAGUGUGCCGCUGAAAUUACAGGUCUGUGCUUCAGGACGAUUAUCCCCGCUUUAACAAAUGAUCUUUUCAUAAACUGUCAACUGAAACGGAUGGAGAAUCUGGUGGUGUCCUCGUGUCGUUUGGUUUUAUCAGUGCUUUGGAUGUUUGUAUGUCACUUUAUGACUUAGAUAGUCCCAGGAUAGACCCUGACGUGUGACUGCAGUAAUGCAAAAAGGAAAUGUCUAAGCAACUUUGCCCAUGUUGCGACUGUUGUUUUUUUCUUCAAUAUUGUACUGUACUUUCAAUCUUUAUUUUUGUCUGUAAUGCAUGCUUGCUUCUAUGGCUGUCUGUCAUGUACUUUUUGUGCCAAUAUAAAAUUUAAAUUGGUUUUGCAGCGUUUAAAUAAAACCAUGUUGUUUUCAUGUUUACAGUGUUCAAGUGAGCACGGACAGGAUCAAAAAAAUAGCCACUCAUUUGCUCUGAAUAGUGUUUUGUGUUUAACUUAAAUAGAGUGAUAACAAUAAAUGGCUGUUUUUGUUCUAACCUUGUAAACAGUCUUUUUUACGGUUGUUUUUGUUCCUUCGUGGUGUGAACACAAACACAGCUGUGGCUGGGUGGUCACCGAGGACGCCACCAUCAGCAUAUGGAUUAGUGUUUAUUAGGUGGGUUUAUCCUGUGUGUCAAAAUAAAGAGAUGGGAAUAUGUUUGACUCCA